CUCUCUUAUCUUUCUCAUAACACCCAUUACUAUAAAAUAAACACCAACUCUCUCCUCUCAAACACCCACUCUUUCCUGUCCAACUUUUCCUUUCUUUAUGCCUAUAAUCUCCCUUUUCUUUCUUGUUCUUGUUCCUUCUUGUUCUUGUUGAUUACCUUUCUUGUUAUUCCUCAUGCUUUAAGGGGCUAUAAGAAGUCUGCAUGACUUGCUUGAGUUGGGUGUAGCUCAGCUGGGUCGAGUUAUAUAUAUCCCGGGACAAAAAAGGCUUAAUUAAAAGGCUUGUUUUCAACGGUGAGUUGUUGGUUUUGAAGGGCGUGUUUUCUGAGAUGGAGAAGCUUAACUUUGUUAAGAAUGGUGUGCUAAGGUUGCCUCCUGGCUUUCGUUUCCAUCCCACGGAUGAAGAGCUUGUCGUUCAGUACUUGAAGCGCAAGGUGUUUUCCUACCCCUUGCCUGCCUCCAUCAUCCCUGAAGUUGAUGUUUGCAAGUUUGAUCCUUGGGAUUUGCCAGGUGAUUUGGAGCAAGAGAGGUAUUUCUUCAGCACUAGGGAAUCCAAGUAUCCCAAUGGAAACCGAUCCAACAGAGCAACAGGUUCCGGUUACUGGAAGGCCACUGGAAUUGACAAGCAAAUUGUGACUUCUAGGGGCAACCAAGUUGUGGGGAUGAAGAAAACUCUGGUUUUUUAUAGAGGGAAGCCCCCACACGGGUCUAGGACUGAUUGGAUCAUGCACGAAUAUCGCUUUGUUAGUGCUGAAACCACCAAGGCAGCCAAUGCCCCACAAGGGAAGACUUCGACUGAAAGCCCUGUGGUUCCAAUGGACAAUUGGGUUCUCUGCCGCAUAUUCUUGAAGAAAAGAAGUGCUAAAAACGAGGAGGACAAUGUUCAAAUUGGCAACGAUAACGCUGUCCGGAAACUCAAGACUACUAAGCCUGUUUUCUAUGACUUCAUGAGAAAGGAUGGGACUGAUUUGAACCUUGCCCCUGCUUCCUCCUCUUCAGGGUCGAGUGGAGUCACAGAGGUCUCUUCUCAUGAUCAGUCAGAUGAUCACGAAGAGAGCAGUAGUUGCAAUAGUUUUCCUUAUUUCAGAAGAAAACCAUAACAAGUUUAUAAUCUUCUUAGUGGGUUCUUCCUUUGUACCAGUGUUUUGGCAUCUCAAUUACCUAGUCAGAACAACCAUCUACGAAAUCCAAUCUUUGGCAAAUGAAUGUUUCGCGUCUCUUCUUUUAUAUGUGAUUGUAACUCUUCAAAAUCAAAGCGAUAUCAAGAAAGAAGUAAACCGGCAUCUACUUGUCAUCGGCAGUAUGGACAGCACUGGAUGUGAUAACAUCUGGUACUAUGUAAUGUAGUCCCUAAUUUUCAGUCAGUGAUAUUAUUAAUCUCCAUUUCCAUUUGAA